UUGAAGCGGAGUGAUCCAUCUCGCUGCUCUCGUCACUCUCUCACUGUCUCGGUGCUGCUGUUUGUGUAACGCUACAGAGACCCGAAUAAAGCCGAAAUAAACACGAACAUCUGCGGCUCCAUAGUCCCGUGUCCGCCACUAAAGCACUGACCGGCUCUCAGGAGUCGCUAAGCGCCCGUUCGUGUCGUGUUUCGCUCCAAUGGCUUGACAGAGCGGAUAUUCGCCUCGCCGUGCCUUGUAGUUGACAGAGGCCUGACAGCUCCAGCGGCUGCUGCUCCAGCUCCAGCAUGGCUCCGGGACUAUGGGCCGUGGCGGCCGCCGCGCUGCUGCUGCUGCUGGCGGGCCCCGGCGGCGCCUCGCAGGGCGAUAAGGAGCCGGUUUACCGGGACUGCGUGAAGCAGUGCAGCCGAACCAACUGCACUGGAGCCCGGCUGAGAGGCUUCCAGUCCGCGCAGCCUCCGUACAUGGCGCUCACAGGCUGGACGUGUCGCGAUGACUGCCGGUACCAGUGCAUGUGGACCACAGUGGGCCUGUACCAGGCCGAAGGCUACAGAGUACCUCAGUUCCACGGGAAGUGGCCGUUUGCGCGGUUCCUGUGUUUUGAGGAGCCGGCGUCGGCCUUGGCGUCUCUGCUGAACGGCCUGGCCUGCCUGCUCAUGCUGCUCCGCUACCGCAGCGCCGUCCCCCGCCAGAGCCCCAUGUACCACACCAUCACCGCCUUCUCACUGGUGUCCCUGAAUGCCUGGUUUUGGUCUACAGUGUUCCACACUAGAGACACGUAUCUGACUGAGAAGAUGGACUAUUUCUGUGCAUCAGCGGUCAUCCUCUACUCCAUCUACCUGUGCUGCGUCAGGACGCUGGGUUUGCGGCGGCCGGGAGUUUCCAGCAUGGUGGGAGUUCUGCUCAUCCUGGCUUUCACCUCCCACGUCUCCUAUCUCACCUUCGUCAGCUUCGACUACGGAUACAACAUGGCGGCCAACGCCACUAUAGGCAUGAUAAACCUGCUGUGGUGGCUGGGCUGGUGCUGGCAGAACCGGAGGACACUGCCCUACUGGUGGAAGUGUGGAGUGGUGGUGGUGCUGCUGCACGGCCUGGCCCUGCUGGAGCUCCUCGAUUUCCCGCCACUCUUCUGGGUGCUGGACGCCCAUGCCGUCUGGCACCUCAGCACUGUACCCGUCCACUUCCUCUUCUACAGUUUCCUGAUAGACGACAGCCUCCACCUCCUCAACACAGAGAAGAUCGGAGUCAAGCUGGAAUAGGAGGAGCCGGUCUCAGAGCCCCGCCCCCUCCUCUCAUCUCCCUCCAAUCAGGGCAAGCGGGAGCCGGAGUGGGAUGGGUCUCAGUCUCUGUGGUCGCCUGCAUGACUCCCGUGGCCAACUUUGUGAAUUCCAUCUGAGUUUGUUUGUUUGUUUGUUUGUUUACAGUUCACUUUUUACUGAAUUUCUGUAUUCUGCUAUGGACGGAAGAGAAUUUCUUCUUUUAUUUGUUUUCUCCCCCAUCUGCCUCCUGUUAGGAACUUGAUUGACGUCUGCAUCUGCCAAGCUUUGCCUUGAUUCGAAGCGCGACGACGGCUCAGUUAUGUGGUCUAAUUUUAGCGUUUUAUGAUUACGUUUUGCUGGAUGUUUGAAUUCAGGAGGGGUUUUUAAGUGAAAAGUCCAGUGUAGUGUCUUUGGGGUCUGAGGCCCCCUGUGCGUUUUGGAUGUCCUCAGGUUGCAGUACCGGCAACGACCAGCAGAGGGGAGAAGAGUUCUUCUCCUGGUGAGACACAGAGUUCUACUAAAUCCAAAUGUCUGCAGACCACAAGCAAAGAUUUGAUUAUGUAGAUGUAGCUAAAAGGACCCCUGAAGCUUUUUUUGUUGAUCUGAGGGGAAACUUGAAAUCUUCUUAAGACUAAGUGUGGGAUGGAGUGUAUAUAUGUAGUGCUUGUGGCUCUUCUACUUGUGCCCUUCAUUAUAAGUUGAAAACUGGAGUGCUAACGUAGGUAAAAAGAGAUGGGAUGGCGAGAGAGUCUAAUCUGCGAUGAGCGUGAACGAGAAGUUUGCCAUUUUGCUUUGCCUGUAACUUUUUGCCUUUAAUUUUAAUUUGCUUUGCCACUUGUUGGUGGGUUUAUCUCAUUGCUGCUUUAUCUCGGAUACAUUUUACCCUUUUUUUCAUUCCAUUUGUUAUUUUAUUUUGCUGUGUAACUUUGGUUUCACAUUGCUGAUCACGAGGUGCUUUUAUUUUGCAUUUUCCUUCAGGUUAUUUGACCAUUAAGUGGUUUCAUUUGUUCACCUGGGAUGCCUUUGGAGGAGUGUAUUUGAGUGGGGGGUGGUAAAAGAGGGAUCAGUAGUGAGGUGUGGGGUGUUGGGGUGUGUGUGUGUGUGUGUGUGUGUGUGCGGAUGUGUACCUGUGUGGUUUUAGCCUUUUUUGUGUGUCAGUGUAACACUGCACUCUUACCUCUAGUUUUUUUUUGCUCUACCAUUCACAGUGACUGAGCCCUAACUAAGCUAAAUAACCCUUCCAAGCUCCGCCCACAAAUGCACUCCUUUGUAACUACUGGACAAGCGUCAGCAAACUGAUGACAAACCGUAGCUGAUGUCCGAUGUGUUCAGUGUUCUCCUUCAGUGUAAUCUGGGCGGUCAAAGGCUGUGUCCCAAUUCAGGGGCUGCAUCCUUUGAAUGAUGUGGUCUAUGAAGGUGUGUCCCCGAAGGCUGUGUUGACCCAUGGAGGCUGAACUGAAAUGAGACGAUCUGCUCUACGGCGGAUAUCCUGUUUGUGUCACAGCACCGCUGUUCUCACCCUUAACGCUGCGUCAUGUAAUGCAGCUCCUUUUAAGUUCUUUUAAAGUUCUUUAAAUUGGAGACAGAAACUUUGAUUUUAGUUUUUUUAUUUUAACUUUUUAUUAUUUUUAAUUUAUUAGAGUUGGAGAUGCUUCUGUCUGUUCCUUGCUCCCUAAAACAAAACGAAAUGUUUGACCACACUGGCUUUUUUUAACAUAUCUAUUGUUAGCAAUUCGACUCAGUUUAAACCCAGUACUUACAUUUAAAGUGACUCCCGCCGCCAUGUUCUCGAAUCCUCGCCGCCACACAGUGAACCUCGGUAUAUGUUGGCUGGUCCACCCGUUGGACCCUUCGUUGCCAUGGGAAAGAAGGACACGUUUCUCGGCCGCAUGUGAAGGAGCCUUCGAAAUGGGACAGCCUAGUCGCACUGCUGUGACGCAAUCGGCCUUCAAAUGCAGCCUCCGAAGGACGCAGCCCCUGAAUUGGGACGCAGCUAUAAUCUUGGGGACACAAGCAGUAUCCUCACCAGUCACAAGGUCGGUGUUGGUUGUCGGGCCCACACAGCUUUAACAAAACCUCAUUCCCUUACAGUCUCUGUGCCUGAGUCAAAGAAACACUUACCAUGCGAAAGCUAACCUAGCACGCAUAACUGUACUGCUGCCCACUCGUCCGUUCAUUCAUUCAGCCGGCCACACCAGCGUUCCCUGGAUGCACAUCCAGCAGUGAAGUGAAUAAGAACCUACUUUAAGACGUCGCUGGACCUACUGCACUACCUGUAGUGCCGGUUUCAAUCAUAUGUCUUCAUUCAUGCUGUUGUGUUCAGGUCUGCUUCAGUGGCAUAGCAGGUUGGGAGUGUUGGACUUUGGUCACUCACGCAGGACCACGCUCGGACACUCUCAGAUAGGUCUGAUUGGUGCUUUUAUUAUAUUUCUGUCUUGUUUUUUCCAGACUUUGCUGGAUGUUUAAAUUAACUUUUAGUUUUCCCUGAAACUUUAAAAUACCUCAGAAUUCCUGUCCUGGCCAGAACAGCACCAAUAAGAGUCCUUAGGCUAGACCCCUAACGCUAUAUUCGCCUACUACCUCUGUAACACGAUUCAAAUGUAAGAUGACAGUAGCUAAUUGAGUAGGCUACUAUGCUAACUUAGCUAGCAAUGUUAAAAAGCAGCAAAAGCGCCUGAAGUUUCUGCUUAACCUGUCUAUCAAAUGAUUAUUUUUCAUAAAAAACAUAAACGCCCGAUCUAGCCUAGAACGUUUCCAUCUCAAUAUAAACCUGUUUUGAAAUGUUAAUAUUUUUAGAAAUAUUAACACAUAUUAACACGUUCUGAGUUGACAGAUUUUGACCAAAACCGAGCCAUGCGUUACCGUUUAUCGUUAGGUUGAAAAGAUUUUUUAUAAUUUAACUUGUAAAGCUUUGUAAGUUGUGUGUCUUAACCAUAUUAGCAAAUCCGGGCCUAAGCAGGUUUCCUCUAUGAGAACAAAAGAAUGGCGGCUAUCGCUGGAUCCUCUGAAUUACGCGGCUGUUCAGUAGUCAAAACAUGAAUAAUGCUACAUACGUACUACAAACAAGCUGGCGCUCCUGCGCACUGACAUAACGGCAUAUCUACAAGUGUAGCCUAAAACUGGUAGAAGCAACAUUUGACAAAGCUUGGUGGUUAACUUGGAGUAUUUUGGUGAGGUCUUAUGUCAGUUUAGCGCAUGUGUCGGUCAAUGCUAGGUUGCAUGUAGCGUAAGUCGUAUUUCAGCUUCCUUAAUGACCUCAAAAUUCCAAAAAUUCGGCAACGUUCUGAGGAAAAAUGUUAGUACGGCAAAUCAUAUCAGCUUUGGAACGUUUCCAUUCUAUUUCAAUUCAGCCUAGAACUGCCAAAUCAACUAGCAUUUCACAGAGCUUGGUGGUUAGCCUGGGGUAUUUUGGUGAGAUGGCUAAUCUUGUGAUGUCAGUGUUGGAACGUUUUUGUUUACCACGUUAGCGGAACACCGUUCAUUUUCCUGAAAGGGAAAACUAGCUUUGGCCCAGAGCUGCUACGGGUGACGCCGACUGCAGAA